AUAUAUGUAUAUUUGCAGAGACGUGACACCAGGAAUAAAAUAUUGAACAUAGUGCUUUUCAAAUAAAUGAGGCAGAAAGUGAAAAAGUAAACACUAGUUUUGGGUUAAGGAAUUUCAGCACUAUAGUAACAAAUCAGUUUCAGCUUUAAUCAGAAAAAGCGAAAAUAGAAACCAGCAGACAGUCACUGAAACCAGUAGCGACUGCUUUGCUUUUAUUUUGGUAAGGCACAGGCGGAAGUGGUGAGUGCCGCUUGACAGCUGCUGCGGUGGCGGAUCAGCGGCUGAUGCUCUGUCCGUCCUAAAAGGCUCGUGGCGUUUUUAAAUUUGGUUCUUUCUGGCUGGAGCCACACAGCCCGCGCGGGACUUGACGUGAAGCUGACGCGGCCCCGCAGCCACCUGCCAUGAGCAUCCCACGGCUGGAGGCAGGUCAUAGGUGAAGAUGCCUGAUGGACCGCGCCAGAACGACCUGUGCGCCAGUUCAGGGCAUCCCGAGCGCCGAAUAACAAAGAGAUGCUGAGAUUUAGCGUCAAAUGGGUGUCUGCGGUGGUGCUCGUCUUCUUGGUGGGGGCUGCCUUCAUCUUCUGCGAGUACCUCAUCUACUACCCAGCCAUCCUGAAGUGCGCCUGGCCCAAGCUCAGCCAUGCCCGGGGCGGGGAGGGCAGCGACGGGCGGCCAACGGACUCCACGGUCCACGCCAUGGUGCUGUCCGACACCCACCUCCUCGGAGCUGUGGGGGGCCACUGGUUCGACAAGCUGAGGAGGGAAUGGCAGAUGGAGAGGGCUUUCCAGACCGCGCUGUGGCUCCUCAGGCCCGAAAUCGUCUUCAUCCUCGGGGAUAUCUUCGACGAAGGCAAGUGGAGCUCGCAGAAGAACUGGGAGGACGACGUGCGUCGCUUCCACAGGAUGUUCAGACACACCACUGACACCGAACUGGUCGUGCUGGUCGGGAAUCACGACAUCGGCUUCCACUAUGAGAUGGACUGGUUUAAGCUGCAGCGCUUUGAAAAGGUCUUCAACGCCUCCUCCACCCGAAUCGUCACCAAGAAGGGAGUCAACUUUCUGCUGGUGAACAGCGUCGCUCUGCAUGGCGACGGAUGCCCCAUCUGCCAGUCGGUGGAGAAAGAGCUGAUCAAACUCUCCAGAGAACUCAACUGUUCUCUUCAGAACUCGCAGACCGGCAGUGAAAAGACGGAGAGUUGUGACGGCGCCCAUCCUUAUCCACCCACAGCCCCCGUCAUGCUACAGCACUAUCCUCUGUACAGAGAAAGUGAUGCUGGCUGCAGGGGAGAAGAUGCUGCGCUGCCCGAAGAGAGACACCUGCUGUUCAGAGAGAAGUACGACGUGCUGUCCAAGGACGCCUCACAGCGGCUGCUGCAGUGGUUUAAGCCCCGCCUCAUUCUGAGCGGACACACCCACAGCGGCUGUGAGGUUCUCCAUGACAACAAGUAUCCAGAAAUCAGCGUGCCGUCCUUCAGCUGGAGGAACAGAAACAACCCCAGCUUCAUCCUGGCGUCAGUGUCACCAAGGAGCUACACCCUUUCCAAGUGCUUCCUGCCCCAGGAGAGCACGGUAAUCAGCGUCUACAGCUCUGCGGGGGCCUUCCUGCUGCUCCUCUUUCUGGCCCACUGUCUGGUCAUGAAGGGUCUCUGCAGCCUCUGCCUGCUGGGGAAGCACAAGUCUAUGUGAAGCACAUUACCCACAAUGCACAGCAGCCGGUGGCCCUUUGAGUGAGGAUUUCUUCACAUCCAACGUCACUUGUCCCUCGAUCGUGCCAAAAAGUUCUUCCCUUGUCAAUGCACCUUUCCUUCUGUUUCUGCAUCCCGAUAAUGUGUGUGGGGGUUCUAUUCCUGUGUAAAUCAUGGUAGAGGCAAAGCACACCCUGUAAUCUGAACCAUGCCUGCACAAAUCACUGCACUGUGAAGGAUAAGAGUAUGUACUUUAAUGAGGUGUUUUUAUUGUAUUGAUAUGCUGCUGAUGUGCCAAUGAGCCAAACGGAUAACACGAAGAAACUCCAGUAGAUCAUUUCUGAGAUUUAUGAAGUGAUGCCGCGGAAGCUUUUUAAACUAAAUACUGAUUCUAUAGCACACUGGGUUUGAAAUGAUGGGAGCACAGAUGUAAAUACUACCUGACCGAAGCAGGUAAGCUUCAGGUUUGUUGGUGCCUCGUGUUUCUUCCUCUGAUGUUUCCCGUGAGCCACAAGCACACAUCCACCACCGACCUCUCAUCUCAGACCUUUGCUGUUUUGAUGAUGCAUAUCAGAAAAAAUAUUUAUCUUUUUGUGCCAAAUAUGUGUGAGGGUUUUUGACAAAAUGUUGAAAUGUUUCUGACAAAGUGUACAUAAUAAACCUUUUCUGGUGGAUAGAUCUACAACCA